AUGGCAUCCUUUAGCAGAGCCGCACGGAAUGCAUUGCAAAAGAGCCCCAAUGAUGUUGUCCUCCUUUCUGCAGUCCGGUCACCCAUCAAUCGAAGCUUCAAGGGCGGAUAUAAAGAUGCGCAUCCGGAGGAUAUUUUGAUGCCGGUUAUGAAAGCGGCUGUGCAACGAGCUGGCAUUGAGAAGAGCGACGUGAACGAUGUCAUGAUUGGGAACGUCCUUGCUGAGCUUGGUUUCGCAAAGACGGGACGUAUGGCCCUCAACCAUGCCGGCUUCCCGAAUUCGACAACUUUUCACACCGUCAACCGUCAAUGCUCGAGCAGUCUACAGGCUAUUACCCACAUCUCACAUUCCAUCAUGGUGGGCCAGAUAGACGUGGGGCUCGCUGGCGGUGUAGAAAGCAUGUCAAGAAACUAUGGCUCGCGGGGCGUCCCCACCGACGUCUCGCCCGCCCUUCUCGGAUCGAACGUCAAAGAUGCUCGCGACUGUCUCAUGCCCAUGGGCAUUACAUCUGAGAAUGUAGCAGAGAGAUUCAAGAUCGACCGGAAGUCGCAAGAUGAAUACGCUGUGCGGAGUCACGGUCGCGCAAGUCGCGCUCAGAAAGAAGGGCGUUUUGACUGGGAGCUUGUGCCAGUGACGGUCCAGAGAAUGGACGAGGCAACCGGUCAGCCUGCAGGAUACGAGGUGACCAAAGACGACGGUAUCCGCCAUGGAUUGACAUUUGAGAAGGUGUCAACGCUUAAACCUGUGUUUGGUGAAAACGGCAAGAGCACUGCAGGCAAUUCAUCUCAAAUAUCCGACGGUGCAUCGUCUACCAUUCUUGCUCGACGUUCCUGGGCAGAGGAGCGUGGGCUCCAGCCUCUCGGUCGCUUCGUGGGCACCCAGGUCAAGGGCUGUGCACCAGACGAGAUGGGUAUCAGCCCGAUAUACGCCAUUCCAGCAUUGCUGAAGUGGACAGGUGUCGAACUCAAGGACGUCGAUGUGAUUGAACUGAACGAGGCUUUCGCAAGUCAGACUGUCGCUUGUAUCCGAGAAUUGGGUCUGGACGAAGACAAGGUGAACCCUAAUGGAGGUGCGAUAGCCCUUGGGCACCCAACCGGAGCGACAGGUGCUCGACAGACAGCUACACUAUUUGGUGAGCUUCGACGCCAGGACAAGGAGAUAGGCAUUGUCAGUAUGUGUGCCAGCACCGGCAUGGGCGUCGCAUCCUUGUUUGUGAGAGAAUCAUGA